UGUAAGCAAGAAUAUCAGACUGAGACAGCCAAGGUCUGCUGCGCCAGGAGCAGUGCCCACAGAAACCCAGGGAGAGAGAGGGCAGUGCACCAGGCAUGGGUGUCUCUCAUGAGCCACAGAUCCCAGCCAGGGCCAGGCUGGAGUGAGUGCCACCAGCAGAGAAACUGGGCAUUCUCCUGGCCCCUCCAGCUGUGAAGGGAAGGAGCACACGAGAGCUGCUGGGCAGAGACCGUAUUUACAGCUCCAAAGGCAGCCCAAGAAAGGAGGCAAGCAAGGGGGAUAGCCCUCUCCCAGCUGAACUCAGCCCCAGCUGGUGGCUUUUUAAGCCCAUGCCCAGACUCUUGGUCCAAGCUCUCACGUGCAGAUUGGAGCAGGGAGUACUCUGAAGUACAGGGACAUUUCUCUAAGGGAUUCUUGAGCCUACACAAUGUGUUUUCCCCUCACAAAGUAGGACGCAUUGCCCUCUUCUGGGGUCAGGUGGCUCAGCUGUCGAGUACCAGCUGGCUGUUCUGCAAGGGCAACCCAUCUCCUGAGCUGGUGCUGAUGGGAGGACAGGCCUGACAUUGGUGGAGUAUCAUCUCUUCUCCCAAACUCGCCAUUCCUGACGGGACACAGUCUGAUUUCUUCUUGCUCUUACGGGCAAUGCCUGGCUCUGGGUGGCCAUAGAAACUCUGGCUCCCUGAAAGAAAGGACCACCUCUUUGGUGCCCUGUGUUGAAGAAUGGCUGGAUACCUCCCUGCCAGCCGCUGGCUCCUAUUACUGUGUGUGGGAUUCCUGGCAGUGGCCUCAUGCGUUGGCUCAGUGGGGUCGGAGAAACUUGGAAGCAGAAGAAGCCGGGAGAAGAAAUCCCAGUGGAAUGAGUAUCCCACAAGGCAGGGAAAAAGCAGCAUGCCUCUGCCAGCCUCUAACGACCCGGAACCCCUUCCUGAGCGGUCUCGCAGCAUCGACCCCCGGGAUGCCUGGAUGCUCUUUAUGAAACAAUCAAACAAAGGGGUGAACAGCAAGAAACAGGGCAAAGGCAAAUCAAAAAAAUUCAAGUUUGGCCUGCCAGGCCCACCAGGUCCCCCAGGCCCUCAGGGGCCUCCCGGAUCCCUGGUGACACCAGAAGAAUUGCUGAAGGACUUCCGGCUGCUGUUGAAAGAGGUGGUAAAGGAGCGGGAGAGGAUGAGCCUGAAGGCCUGUGAAGGUUGCCAGGAAGGUGAGGAAGCGGAGGAGAGAGGAGAAGAUGACAUCUUGGCACUGGUUGCUGGUCCGUUGGCAAGGAGUAAGCCACAGCAUCGAGUGGAGGCAGCCUUCCACUGCCGGAUACGGAGAAACAUUUCCAUUGAACGGAGAUCCCUGCAAGAGCUUCGGAUCUAUUACAUACCUCAGAAAGAGGGGGUGUUCCAUCGAGGCCUGGGGCUGAACCUGACCAGCGGCCAAUACACAGCACCUGUCGCAGGGUACUACACCUUCGCUGCCACCUUGCACAUCGUUCAUGGAGAACAACAGAAGAAAGGGCAACAGCGUGCGAGAGAUCGCCUGCGGGUACUGAUCUGCGUCCAGUCUCUGUGUCAACACAACAUUUCUCUGGAGACAGUGGCUGGUUUGGACAGCAGUGAACUUUUCACCAUCUCAGUCAGUGGAGUCCUGUACUUACAGGCUGGCCAGUAUGCCUCAGUUUUUGUAGACAAUGCCACUGGAUCAUCCCUCACUGUUCGAAGUGGCUCGGAUUUCAGCGCUGUUCUUUUAGGGGUGUGAAUGGUCUCAAACCACCUACCCCUACACGCUAUAAGCUGAAUUGGUCUCUUCGGCAAGAACCACCUUAAUUCCCUCCCACCCAAGCACAGGGAGCAAAGCAUAGUGAGGUCAGGAGCAGCAGUCUCUAUAGAUUCUGCUUGUGCUACAAAACCCAGCCACCAGACACCGUACUUUGCACAAGAUCUCAAGCAUCCAAAGAUGAUGGGAAGAAAAUUGGAAGCAUGAAAAAGGGAGGACUCACUAAAUCCAUCCCCCUUUAAUUUAAUCUAUGGCCAGAUUUUGAAGCUUAUUUUACAUGGACAAAUUAUAACAUGGCUGACUUCUAAAGCCAGAUCAACUUUUAUAAAGGAACCCGUCCCCACCCCAUCAAGCAUGAAUGCUUAGGAAAAGGUGAUUUGAAGAAGCCUUCACCCAUAGACUAGCUCUUUGGCAGUUUUUUUCUGUUCAGUUUUUGAGCAGGCCAAAGCCAGAUUAUGUAUUCUUAUAGCUUAUCAGUUAGGGUUUGCUAGCAGCAGGCGCUGCUACUUGGAAGUUAAUUUUCAAUGCAGAGCAGUGUCCUGAUAAGGCAGCAGACUAGUUAGAACGUGAAUUGCUAUCCAGUGAUUUUCCACUUCCUAAGAACCGCGUACUCACACCACCACCCCAUUCUCUGCCCAUGGCAGAGAGCCCAGUCAAUGGGUGGUGGAGAUACGCACCGUUACGCCUGGCUUUGGUCCCGAUAGGCAGUCUAACUCCGAUUAACCCAGUGGGACUACAUGCAUAAAUAAGGGCUGAAGGAAUGGGCCCUAAAUUAAUAACAAAGGCAGAGAAAGAAAAAGAUGCAGUCUCAUUUCUUAGUACCAUGUACUUAAUUCCUGAGCUCCUGCCGAAACUUCAGUGAGAUAUCCUAGAAGUGCACUCAGCUCCACCUUCAUGAUAGCAGGACAAGGGGCUCAACUCUCUCUGAAUUUUAUUUUUGCUACCAAGAAAGCUUUUCCAGUCCUGCUGGAGGAACUGCUUUCACAGCAAACUGUUUCAGGAAACAAAGUUAACUCGGACUAGAGCAUUUGCUGUGGGCAGCACUUUCACAAAAUCUUUCAGAAAAAAGCUACAUAAGCUGUCCUUUACAUAAAAUACUAGCGCUCUCUACAAACCAGCUCUUAUAAUUCACUGGUUAGAAAACUAUAAGUACCUCUCUACUGCAAAAGAAGACCAGCAGCAUGGCUGCAGCUGGCUCAGGUCUAAGGCUGUGGGGUUAAAAUUGCAGUGAAGACACUGAGGUUCAGGCUGAGCCUCAACAUCUAUGCAGCAAUUUUUAGCCCCACAGCCCAAGUCAAGUGACAAGGGCUCUGAGUCUCAGUGCUGCGGGUGUUUCAUUGCAGUGUAGCCAUACCCUAACAGUUGUCUUAGAAAAGCUUUACAAGUCUGUCAUUUGGGGCCCUGGUAACAUACGAAGUAGGACAUAAGCCCCAAGUUCAAAAAUUAGGUGCAGCCAGUUGAGCUUUUUAUGGUAUGUAGCAACUUACACACCAAAUUCCUACAGUCUUUACUGUAGCUGAACUCCCACUGAAGUCGCAAAGAAUUCAAGCCUGAAAGGCCUUCUCUUUGCUAGGAAAACAAGUUGUGUUCUUACUACGUGGUAAAAUCCUAGUGAACACAGACCAUGUUGUAGCUUUCACACAAAUCAGCAGACCAAGGCAAACGUCAGGGUUUCUCAUGGCAGGUGAAGGUAAGAUCAGAGGGACACUCCCAAAGUUUACUAUUUCACACAAGUUAACUGCCUUGUCUUCAUUAGGAUUUUACUACAGUAGUUAACACAAGGGAAAAAUACCGCUUUUCUUGUGAUGAAGAGGCAUCCAAAAAGGACAGCAGGUGUUUACUCUUAGGCAUUGAACCUGCAAGGUGAGCAGUCCCCUGGGAAGUCUGUGGGAGUAGGGGACAUGGUGCAACUUGCAGAGCCAAUCUGCUAGCAAGCAUGACAAACAGCUGAAGAACCAGAACAGUCCCUUAGUUGCUUAAAUCUACUUGUGUCCUUAAAAUAAACCCAGCCUAUUGCUAUUUAGUGAAGGAAGAGAAAACUCAGCAUGCCCUCUGAGGGGUAACACUGCACAGCAGCAGAAUGUUCAAAAUGGACUUCUGUUCAGGAUGUCAUCAUAAUGGGUUGCUAUUCUUCACAGCAGAACACUAAAGCAAGUGUUGAAACAUUAAAUAAAAAGUGUAGACGAAGACAGCUAAACUGUCUUGGGUGUUCUCUCAGUAAGUUGCUCACCUAGGCCACCCUACUCUGGGAACGUCAGCAGGCCUCCCAUCUUUGACUACAAUAAAGCUAAGGUUAGCCUUGAUCCUCCAAAAGCAGAUUGCAAUUUGUCUCCAAGCUACAGCUAUUGCGAAACUCCUACUUUCCAGGUUAAAGAGCCCUGUAUGGUUUUUUCUCUCCCUGCAGUAUAGAUAAAUGUAUGGUAUAAAGCAUUUUAUGGAAAUAUUUAUUGGAUGAUAUUGUAAUAUGGAAUAUACUUCUGCAACUGGCUUGAGUUGUGCUAAGAGAUGCCCCAUCCACUCCUGUCUGAUGGCAGUCACACUCCCAGCCGGCAUUACAUUACAGGCAUCUCCCACCUGCCACAACCCCACUUAUUUUGAUAAGCUGAGACAAAUGGGGGAUGGGUAAAGGAGGAGUAGGAGCAGGCUCAGUUUUUGUUCUGAGGACUGUUACCAGUGAUGUUAUUUUUCCUCUCAUUUGUGACUUUCUUCCCCCCCCCCCGACAUUAAUUUCAAAGCCCCUAAAUAAUUUCAUCCUCUGCCUGUUCAUGUCACUACACAAUUACCAGAGGCAAGCCUAAACCUGCUCUUUAGUUUCUGACAGUAGAUUUGUUAGCACCCAGGAUUUCUCUUCCUUUCUUUGAAAGAGUAAAUGGCUUUUGAGGAAGUGCCUCCACUGUUUUUGCUCUAUUUCACACCAGACCUGGGCUUGACAAACAUUUUGUACAAAGGCUGAAUUUCAGAAUUGUAGACCAGAUGCAUCCGUCAACCUUCUUCUUUAUAUUACAUAACCAUGCUUAAUAACACAGAUACCAUUCUCAGCUAGUCUAAAUACAAUGAAGUCACUGCUCCAGAGUGGUAGACUAGCCCUUUGUGAAUGGGUAAGUGGAAACUGAUGCAAUUUAAUCCUUGCUUCUGCAGGUAGAGUAAAAGCUACUCAGAAUCACCAUUUUAUAGAGGAAUGGGUGAAAAGGGGAGCAUGAGAAUACGACUGUAGUUUUCAAACAGUUAUUCAACAGCAGCAGCUACUUCAUGGUUUUUAUCCAGUUUUGAUCUUGCCUUUGGCUGCAAUUACUGUUAAAAGCCUCAAGACAAUUGUUCUUUUCCCUACAGAUUUUGUCCAUUUCUAUUUGGCAGUCUCCUCUCACUCCUCCCCUCACAGCUGUGUUUAACUGGCUCAAAAUUACAAUAAUAAAAAGGCAUGUUCUUGCAAAUACA